GGUUUUUUAACUUGUUUAGAUGGAGUUCGUAAAGUAUAACAGAAAUUAUUAAAAUACAAAUAAUAAGUUAAUACUAAAUAAACACGUCUUUACACUACCAAAUCAUAGGAUAAAAUAGAUUAUUAUUCCACCAGUCGCUAAGUGUAGUCGCAUUAAGGAAACCAGUCGUUAAGUUUCAGUUCUUGCAAUGGAGUAUUUUGUCAAUAAACGGGGCAAACAGUAUUCAAAAUGUUGCUUGACCAAUUGUAAAAGUCACAUGUUGAACAAGGAUUCUUUAAGUUUUUUUACUUUCCCAAAAGAUCGUGCUAGACGUGCUGAUUGGAUCAAAAAUUGCAAGUCUAAUAAACUGAAUACAAUCGACAAUUUGGCUGCAAACACUAAGCAUCGUGUUUGUUCUUUACAUUUUGAAACUGAUAUGUUUUCUAAUUUAAAAAAAAAUCGACUAAAGCCGUACGCUGUACCUACAUUGUUUGAUGCUUUGGAAGUUGAGAGAGUAGAUGAAUCAAAGAAUAAUGAUGACCCUGCAUGUAGCACAUCAGAUUUCAUACCAUUAUCAAGUUCAACUCCUGAAGCAUUUGUAAAUAACAUUAAAGUUGAAACAUGUUUUGAUAGAAAUGAAAAUAAAAUUAGCACUGAA